AUGUUCUAUCUUGUAGGUGAAGGCAGAGGUGGGAACACAACCAAGAUGGCGGACGGUCAUGAUAACGACAAGAACAUUGAGAUCUGGAAAGUUAAGAAGCUGAUUAAAGGGCUUGAUGCUGCCCGUGGAAAUGGGACAAGCAUGAUAUCGCUGAUCAUGCCACCUCGUGAUCAGGUCUCAAGAGUAACCAAGAUGUUGGGUGAUGAAUAUGGAACUGCCUCAAACAUCAAGAGCAGGGUCAACAGGCAGUCUGUCUUGGCUGCUAUUACCUCUGCUCAGCAAAGGUUGAAGCUGUACAAUCGAGUUCCACCCAAUGGAUUAGUACUUUAUACUGGAACCAUCGUGACUGAUGAGGGCAAAGAGAAGAAAGUCACCUUUGACUUUGAGCCAUUCAGGCCAAUUAAUGCUUCCCUGUAUCUCUGUGACAACAAGUUCCACACUGAGGCAUUGAAUGAGCUGCUUGAGUCUGAUGAUAAGUUUGGCUUCAUUGUCAUGGAUGGUAACGGAACACUUUUUGGAACACUGAGUGGCAACACUAGAGAGGUUCUUCACAAGUUCUCUGUUGAUCUCCCAAAGAAGCAUGGACGAGGAGGCCAGUCAGCACUUCGCUUUGCCCGUCUGCGCAUGGAGAAACGCCACAACUAUGUGCGCAAAACAGCUGAGCUUGCUACACAAUUCUUCAUCAACCCUGCCACCAGUCAGCCAAAUGUUUCUGGGCUCAUUCUAGCUGGUUCUGCUGACUUCAAGACUGAACUGAGUCAGUCUGACAUGUUUGAUCAGCGCUUGGCAACCAAGAUACUCAAGGUGGUUGAUGUUUCUUAUGGCGGAGAGAAUGGCUUCAACCAGGCCAUUGAGAUAUCUGCUGAAGUCCUUUCCAAUGUCAAGUUCAUCCAAGAAAAGAAGCUGAUUGGGAAGUACUUUGAGGAGAUAAGUCAAGACACUGGAAAGUAUGUUUUUGGUGUGGAUGACACCAUGGCUGCCCUUGAAAUGGGUGCCGUUGAGACACUGAUUGUGUGGGAAAAUCUUGACAUCAACCGGUACGUCCUGAAGAAUUCUGCCACUGGAGAAACUUCUAUGAAGCACUUCAACAAGGCACAGGAGGCAGAUCAGAGCAACUUCAAAGAUAAGGCAACAUCUGCAGACCUGGAGGUGGUUGAGAAUACCUCGCUACUGGAGUGGUUUGCCGAAAACUAUCGGCAGUUUGGUUGCACAUUGGAGUUCAUCACGAACAAGUCGCAGGAAGGAUCUCAGUUCUGCAGGGGCUUUGGUGGGAUAGGAGGCAUUCUUCGCUACCAGGUUGAGGUGAACGCUUACGAGGACGUGUCUGACGAGGAGUAUGAUGAAGACUUUGAAUAG